AGACCUUCCUUUCUUCCCGUCCUCCGCGGGAGCACACGCCCUCCUCGCACCACAUGGCCGGAGCCCCACAACAACAUUGGCUGCGGAGAAAAUGACCUGAAGCCUCAAUACAAAGUCAAAGAACUGGACGACAACAGUUUGGUUCAGACGCUUUAUACAAUCCGCUGCCGGGAGUCGCAGCUCAGACCGGGGUCGGGACUUGACGAGUGUGUGUGUGUGUGUGAGAGAGAGAGAGAGAGAGAGCGGCUAGCCUGUUAGCCUGUUAGCCUGUUAGCGUACAGUGUGUGUGUGUGUGUGCGUGUGCGUGCGUGUGUGUCCACUGACUACAAUGAACGUGAACCUGAACGGCGACCACUGCGGCUCGUUCCCCGACGAGGACUGCUUCCUGUUCACGUCCGAGUCGGUGGGAGAAGGACACCCCGAUAAGAUUUGUGACCAAAUCAGUGAUGCUGUGUUGGAUGCCCACCUCAGACAAGACCCUAAUGCCAAAGUAGCAUGUGAGACUGUUGCUAAGACGGGCAUGAUACUGCUCGCCGGGGAGAUCACUUCCAGGGCCAACGUUGACUACCAGAAGAUUGUCAGAGAGGCAAUCAAGCACAUUGGCUAUGAUGACUCCUCCAAAGGUUUUGACUAUAAGACCUGCAAUGUGCUGGUGGCGUUGGAGCAGCAGUCACCUGACAUUGCUCAGGGUGUUCACCUUGACCGAAAAGAAGUGGACGUGGGAGCCGGUGACCAGGGUCUGAUGUUUGGAUAUGCCACUGAUGAGACUGACGAGUGUAUGCCCCUCACCAUCAUCCUGGCCCACAAGCUCAAUGCCAAGAUGGCGGAAUUACGCCGAGAUGGAACCCUGCCGUGGCUCCGACCCGAUUCCAAAACUCAGGUGACCGUUCAGUACCGGCAGAAUCAAGGUGCCAUGGUGCCACUGCGUGUCCACACCGUCGUGGUGUCCGUGCAGCACGACGAGGCCGUGAGGUUGGACGAGAUGCGUCAGCGUCUCAAGGAGCAGGUGGUGAAAGCUGUGAUUCCCAGUGGCUACCUCGAUGACAACACCAUAUACCACCUGCAGCCCAGCGGCCGCUUUGUCAUCGGAGGACCUCAAGGUGACGCUGGUCUGACGGGGCGCAAAAUCAUUGUCGAUACCUACGGGGGUUGGGGGGCUCACGGAGGUGGAGCUUUUUCUGGGAAGGACUACACAAAGGUAGACCGCUCUGCUGCCUACGCUGCCCGCUGGGUGGCCAAAUCUCUGGUGAAGGCCAGGCUCUGUAGGCGUGUGUUGGUCCAGGUGUCCUAUGCCAUUGGAGUUGCCCAUCCCCUCUCUAUCUCCAUUUUCCACUAUGGGACCUCACAGAAGAGCGAGAAAGAGCUGCUGGACAUUGUGAGGAAAAACUUUGACCUCCGUCCAGGAGUUAUCGUGAGGGAGCUUGACCUCAAGAAGCCAAUCUACCAAGGCACAGCAGCUUAUGGUCACUUUGGUCGAGACGUCUUUUCGUGGGAGGUGCCCAAGAAGCUGAAAUACUGAACCCCCUCCUCUUACCUCCCAGCGGGCCUUAGGUGUAUAAACCUGUUUGUCUUCUUACCUCCUUCCUCCUCCUCUCCCUCCUCCUCCUCCUCCUUCCCCUUUCUCCUUAGCCACAUCACCACAGCCUCUACAACAUAAAACAUGUCCCCUCCCACCUGCUGGUCGCGUACACAUCCUUGAAGAGAGAACUGGAUGUAUUUCAGUUGCAAAAAUAUUCAACUGCGCACACGUGUCAGAGAAGUUGUACAGAUUUGACCAGUGCUGCCAGCUUUUAUUUAACUUUGUUCUGGCAGUUAAUUGUUUUUGCAGCAUUAACAGUUACAGGUAUUAUUGACAGUUUAUAUCCAAACUAUUUACCCUGUUUUUAAAAUGAGGCCUGCAUUGCAGUUUAGGUGUACAAUCAAUCAGAGAUUGGCAACAUGUCAUUUUCAGUGUCACCUAACUUUUGUUCGGUGUUGCAUCAGCUCUGUUCCCCGUACAGCACAUGCCUUCUCUGUUUUUUAAAUUUUGAUGGCACGAAUGGGGUCGAGUGAGUAUUAAAAACCUGCUUUUUCUAGUUUCCUUCAUGGUGCCGUCCCUUCAGGCCAGGUUGUUCUGACGUUUUACAGAGAAGUCAGAAGCUGCUAAUAACCUUGUGGUUGUGUCUGGCUGCACCGUGAAAUCACUCCAUUUUUGUAAUUUAUGUUGGUUUAAAUGUCAUGUGAACGUUUCAGAUGAUGUGUCAAUGUUCUACUGACCAAAAACAUUGACAAAAAGUCAUGGCACAGCGUUCGCCCUUACUUUAACUGACUCUGGGUGUAGCUACAGAGAAACCCAGGCCCAGUUGACUCUGGACAGGGGCUGCCUUUAUUCCAUGGAGAGACACCAUACUUGAAAUUAUUUAUAUAAUGUUUGACCAGCAAGUGGAGGAGAACUGAAUAACGUGUGCCACAAUCUACUAUAUCUAAAAUGGUUUUCCACUCGAUUACACAUUCUGACACCAACAGUCAUUAAUAAUAGAAAAAAAAAACUGGACUGCUUUGGAAAAACGAGAAGAGCAGAGCCAACGAGAGCUAACAGACCAAGACAAAGAGAUAAGCGGCAGCGCACAAUCAGCUUAGUGAAUGUAAGACACGACUGCUCUUGUCUUCCCAGCACAGUUCUGUCAGAAGGAGAAAAUGGGAUCAGAUUUUUCACUGUAUUCUUGUGGAUUUGAAUCUUCCACUGAACUCGCACAGCACAUUAGUUCAAGUAACCCAAGAUGGAAAAGACUUGUUUUCAAUGUUACAUGUACAGUAGUUCCCAAAUGAAUGUUGAGCUUGCAGCUGAAACUUUUUCUUUUUCUUUUAUUUAUUCAUGUUUUUUUAAACUUAUUUGCUCUUUACACCCUGUGGGUAAUGAUGACAGUAGUAAAAAUCUCUGCUACCUUUUCCUUCUUUUACUUUAUAGGAAAUGUACAUAAGAUGAGGAAAGACCCUGGCCCGACUUUGAAUGCUUCCCCAGUUUCCCCGUUACUUGAUUUUUUUCUCCUGGACGUAUAUUAACACCAAGGUUGUAUUGGAAAAUUAUACUCAACUAAAAGUACUGUUAAUGUUACUCAAUUAGAAAUAAAAUAACUUCCAUAAAAACAUCAUUCAGAUUUUUUCAGUCAGUUAAAAUGUACUCUGAGGAAAUGUUACUGCGUUUCAUUUCAAAGGGUCAAAGAGUAGGGUUAAGAAUGAAAAAAAAUUAGGCAACCAAUGCAAAUAUGCUGUCCCAGGUGAGAAAGUGAUAAAUUCCAAAAUGCAUAUAACUGAUUUGUUGAUAGUCUGUGAAUAUCACAGUGGGUGUCCAGAGACUUCAUGGAUCAGUAUUUAGCUACAUUAAUGAAAUUACCAGAAGAAAACUGCAGAAAAUGUGGAGAUGUUUAAAAAACAGAAACUCCACAGCGGCUGCACGCAGCCGACAAAUGGACUAAACACUUCGUUGCUUGGAAGACGGAAGGCAUAGAACCGGCAUUCAGUCCAGCACAUACCUCGGCCCAGGCCCAACAGUCCCCUUAUGAAACCACAUUAAAUCCAUUUGAUCCUAAUUUAAUUUUUAUUCCCAUAAAGAUUUGAUAGAUUUUUUUUUUUCAUCACUAUCCAUGGAUUAUUAUUUGGGAUAUUGGUGAAAGUGUCAGAAAAUGCUACACAGUUCCUGGAAGCACCCCUUUGUCCACGUAUUCGCCAACAUGUUACGUUUUCUUUCUUGGCCCAUCCUACCACCAAAUCUUGUGGAAGUCCGUUCAGUAGUGUUUCUGCAUAUGCCUGCUGACGAACCAACCAACAAAUAGGCGUGGGUAAAAACAUAACCUCAUUAGUGAAGAUGUAUUUUCUACUAAGAUUACACUGACAUCUCGUCUUUGAUUCGUCUGAUGUGGCGCCACCUCGUGGUUCCACGGGUGUUUUCCAGAGGAACCUCAGUAGCCACAAAGUGGUGCUGUAGGAGCAUUUUAAAUUCAUCCAUCUUGCUGUGAUCAUGCGGUGAAUGACUCCACGUUAUGUUUUGCAUUCCUCUAGCUCCUCCACAACCAAAUGCCUGGUUGGUGUUGUACAGAGAAACCAGCCUGUUUACAUGUUGAUGGUGGGCUAGAAGAAACAUUUUUUUUCCACUGUUGAGUCUGUCAGUGUGGUUGCUGAAUGUGUAAAAGUGCCUUUUCUGCAAUGACCCGCGAAUAUCUAACUCCUUACCUCUUCACCUCCCACCCCCCAGUUUCUACCCUAUGGCUGUAAAAUGUCCCUCUUCAAAAACUCAAACUGAGGAGUCUGAUGUGGUGUUGAGUUUCUCUUUUAAACCCUUCAAAUAAACCGCACACAUGCUUGUGCUUAUGGCCUGA